AUGAGCCUCUUCCGCUACUUCGGCCGUGAGAAAGUGAAGGCCGUUGGCGAUAACAACAAUUUGAAAGCCACGAAGAAAGAUGAUCAUCAAAGCAAUGCUACGGGUGUCGCAAAAUCUACAGCAGAAUUAGGCAAGGCGCAAGAAAUUUCAAGAAAAAGGUGUAGUACAUUUCAAGAGUCGUGGAAGACUAGAAGACCCUGGCUGAAAUUUGACGAGAAAGAAAACGCUAUGUUUUGCAGUUAUUGCAGACAGUUUUCGAAAGAUAAAUCUGCCUUUGGGAGUGAAAAAGGUAACAACAGUUUUCGUCUUGAUGGGAUCAAAAAACAUAAAAUAAGUGAGGCGCAUAAGACAGCCAAAUUAGCUCAUGAUGCUAGCAAUGCUCAACCUAGAAUGGCACCACUGGAAGCGUGUCUGAUUAACAUGGAAAAGGAAGCUCUUGAUCACCUAGUGAAACUUUUUCAUACCGUGUACUAUCUGACUCGCGCAGAACGACCUUUUAGGGAUUUUGUUGGACUAUGCAGCCUCCAGGAAAGAAAUGGUGUUAACACUGGUAAGAGUUACGUGAAUCAUCUUCAUUCUUCUUCCUCAUCUUCAGUGUAGGUUUUCCUCAUUUGAAAAUGAGGACAUAUUUAAGAAUAUGUCCAUUUUUAAUUUUAAGAACUGGCCCUUAGGUUUAGAGGAGCUACAGGUCUAUGGCAAUGAACAGCUUUCAUCAGUAGUAGAUCAUUUUGAAGAACUGUUGAUAAGGAAUGAUUGUGACAUUGAUUCUGUUCCUUUGGAGUGGGUUUCAUUGAAGAUAUAUGUUUCCGGUUUUGAGGCAGCUGAACCAGCAGUUUAUUACUUCGACUUAUGGCAAAGAGUUAUCAGAGAAAAUGAGGAUAGAUUCAAGAAUAUCAUCCUGGUGCUUAUGAUCGUGCUGCUGAUUCCAAUCCACACUAGUGAAGUUGAGAGAGGCUUUUCUCUUAUGAACAGGGUAAAACAAGAUUGGCGGGCAAGGCUAACAACCCCCCACUUAAAUGAACUGAUGUGCAUUCCUCUUUUGGGUCCUGCAUGCAAUGAAUUUGAACCAAUGGAAGCUAUAAGGCUGUGGUGGCAAGGUGGAAGAAGAGCUAG